CAUCGCAAGUCGAAACCAGUUCGGGUCUAUUUGAGCUUCUUAGAUCACUUCCAGACAUUUAUCGCUCGUCGGAGAUCGUCACAAGGCCCGCGGGAAGAAAUGGAGGAGGGAAUAUUGGGGGCGAUGCUGUGCAUGAUCCUCGUGUUUGCUGUAUUUCCGCUGCUAUGGUGGAGGCGCCGCCGGAUGUCUUGUUCAUCGCACGAGCACGAGGAAGAGCCACAGCAGCAGCGGGUGGAGAGAGUGGUUCAACACUCUGGAACUCGUCGCAUGCGCAGGAGGCCAACUGCUGUUAAUUCUUUUGUUCCCUCAACAAGUGGUCAAGAGCCUCUCUCUGAAAGUGAUGAGGAGGAGGUUCCUGAGGAUGACAAUCAUGUUGCUAAAGCUUCUACGAGAAAAGAGAAGAAAAGACAAGAGCGUGAAGCACAAAGACAGGCUGAGGAUGCUGCACGUGAAUCUAGAAAAAUAAAGCAAGACCGCUAUGAAGAGCUGCGGAGAAGGAAGGAUGAGGAUCGUGAAGCAAAAGAGCGUGCUAUGGAAGAAGAAGCUCUAGCUCGGAGAGCCAAGGAGGAGGAAACUGCUGCUUUGGAAUUUGACAAAUGGAAAGGGGAAUUUUCUGUUGAUGCAGAAGGUACCACAGCAAGUGAAAAUCAAGAGGAAACUCAGGGUUUACUCAACAACUUUGUCGAAUACAUCCAGGACUGCAUAAACCGAAUACUGGAAUUGGAAAAUAUUGGGAGACUAUCUGGUGUCAUGGAUGAUCGUGGAAAAUACAUAUACAUAUCUCCUGAGGAAAUGAAGGCAGUUGCUGAUUACAUUAAACGACAGGGGAGAGUAAGCAUUUCGCAUCUAGCAAGCAAGUCCAACCAAUUCAUUGAUUUGGAGCCUAAGCCACAUUUUGAGGAAGAACAUAGUUCAGAAGCAGUAGCUGUCAACUAAGGUUUCGUUUGGGAUGACUUUCUUACUUCUUAAAACAGUUUUUUAAUGCAAUAUUAAAAAGCUGCUUCAAGAAGCAGUAAGAAAGUUGUCCCAAACAAAACUUAAAUCAAACUCGUGUAUAUGUUCUUAGCUUACUAACAAGUUAAAGUGCUGAUAAUAUAGGAUGAAGCUCUCUGUAUUGCAUCCUUUAUGUUAUAAUUAGUGCUCGAUCUUGACUUAUUUGAACUCAGAUCAGUCUACUUUUUGUGUCAA